UUUCCCGUCACCCAACGACGUCAUCGUCGGAAGGGACUCAGUGACCACGCCGAUCCCCGCGAUCGUGGGCAGGCCGCCCCCCGUCACCGACCUCGCGCUGACGCUGAGAGGUGACCUCCCACCCACCGUGCUGACCCUGCCCCUGCCGGUCGCUCAUCUGGCCGAGCGGCACCUCGACCCGAUCGAUCGGCACGUUCUGCUGCGAGACCCGCAUCUGCGGGCCCGUCUGGCAAUCGAUUUCAAAACUACUUUCUUCGUGGACAAGGCCCUUGGCAGCGCGCCGCAGUCCUCGACGAGCUCCAUGGCCACGGUCUCCAUCGGCGCGGUCAUCCUGCAGCAGGCGGGGCUCUCGCCAGCAGGGCCGACUCCGCUGGCCCUGCUUCCCCACGCGUGGCGCACGAUGCAG